AUGCUCGUCGCAACCAUCGUCUCCGCUCUCUCGCUGUUCGCGGUCGCAUCCGCCCAAUCUACCAGCACCUCAGCUUCUGCCUCUGCCACCCGGUCCGUCGUCGCAAGCGCCGCCCCCGGAACAAACGGAUACGAUUACAUUGGAUGCUACAAUGAGACUACCGGUAUAGCAGGCACAUCUGGUGCCCGCGCCAUCACCGGCGGCAAGAUGGACACUGGCGACAACACAACUGUCGCCGAUUGCUUGCAGUACUGUGGUCAAAACAGCUACCAAUAUGCUGGCCUGGAAUAUUCGAAAGAGUGCUGGUGCGGUAGCUACCUCUCUGCUUUGUCGGAUAAGUUGCCCGAGUCGAACUGCUCGCUUGCCUGUGUGGGCAACGACAGUGAGCUCUGUGGUGGUUUCCUUACGAUUUCCCUCUACAACCUUACGAGCAAGAAGGCUGGCUCUGACGACUCCUCUUCUUCGACCAAAGGCGCUGCAACCUCGGUCUCUGCUUCGAGCUGGACCUACGUCAUUGGUGCAGGUGUCAUGGCUCUGACACUCGGUGCUGCUUUGUGA